UAACAAUGUUUCCUACUCAAGUUACUACAACAUUCUUCUUCUUCUUCUUCAUCGUCGUUAUAACUCCAAUCCUCGUCGAUUCUUCCCGGUCGUUUCAAGAUCCCGACACUGUCAUAGAAGAUGUAAAUCAGCAAAUUUAUAAUGCAUCAUUGUCGUCAUCAUCACGACGAGGCUUAGCUUACCGGUCGUGCGCCACCGGCAACCCCAUCGACGACUGCUGGCGGUGCGACCCCAACUGGGAGCGCAACCGCCAGCGCCUAGCCGACUGCGCCAUUGGCUUCGGCAAGAACGCCGUCGGCGGCAAAGGGGGCCGUUACUACGUUGUCACCGACGCCAGCGACGACGACCCCCUGAAUCCCCGGCCGGGCACUCUCCGGCACGCUGUCAUCCAAGACGAGCCCCUCUGGAUCAUUUUCCAGCGAGACAUGGUCAUCCGCCUCAAGCAGGAGCUCGUCAUGAACUCCCGGAAAACCAUCGACGGCCGCGGCGCCGCCGUCCACAUCGGCGACGGGCCGUGCAUCACCAUCCACUACGCCGCCAAUAUUAUAAUCCACGGCGUCCAUAUCCACGACUGUACGGCGUCGGGAAACGCCGACAUCCGCGACUCCCCCCGCCACGCCGGCUGGUGGGAGGUUUCCGACGGCGACGGCAUCGGAAUAUUCGCUUCCAGGGAUAUUUGGAUCGAUCACUGCUCGCUCUCCAGCUGCCGCGACGGCCUCAUCGACGUCAUCCAUGGAUCCACCGGAGUUACGAUUUCGAAUAGCUACUUCACCCACCAUGACAAGGUUAUGCUCUUGGGCCACAGCGAUUCGUUUGUGGAAGAUAAGAACAUGCGCGUCACCAUCGCGUUCAAUCAUUUUGGGGAAGGAUUGGUGCAGAGAAUGCCCAGGUGCAGGCACGGCGUUUUCCACGUGGUGAACAAUGACUACACGCACUGGGAAAUGUAUGCGAUCGGCGGGAGCGCAUCGCCGACGAUCUACAGCCAGGGGAACAGAUUUCUGGCGCCGAAUCCGCGGCAGAGGAAGGAGGUUACGAAGCACGAGAACGCGCCGGAGAGCGAGUGGCGGCACUGGAAUUGGAGGUCCGAAGGAGAUCUUAUGCUCAACGGAGCCUAUUUCCGGCAGUCCGGCGGCGGCGGCGCCGGAGCGGCGUACGCCAAGGCGUCGAGUUUGAAUGCCCGGCCGUCUUCUUUAGUUGGCUCCAUCACUACCACCGCCGGCGUGCUCAGUUGCCGGAAGGGAUCUCGCUGUUAGCCGCGCGGCCCCAUAUUAAUAAUUAAAUUAUAAUAUAUUAUAUAUUAUAUAAUUAUAUAAAUGAUUAGCUCUAUAUUUUCUCUUAAAGGAAAAAUUAAAACCGAUCUGCUUAUUGGUAUUCUGGAAGCAAUAUGA